AUGUCGUCCUGUUGCCUGUCCGAAGGGGCAGGCUCCGACUCUCCUCUCGAGUCGGUACUUCCAUCCAAAGUUGAAAACACCAAAGUCCGUCCUCCGAAUGGCGAAUUGUCUACCAAGACCAAGGAAACUUUGUUUGCUGAAUCUUUCGUCACGCUGCCGCUCCAGAAGUCCCCAACGAUUCCAAGCGCUGCUGCAGGUGUUAAAAAGGCUGUUCAUACCGAAAAUCUUCUAGUCGAGGAUAGGACCGAUAUGAUCACAUCUAGCUCUUUGGAGCGGGAUCGCGAGAGCACAGUAUGGAUUGUCACAUCGAGAUGCGGUAAAUUAGGAGACAUGGCUUCUCCUUCCUCCCCUCCUCCAGUAUCACAUAUUGCUAAACAUGAACGAAUCGCAAGACAGCGCCAACGAAAGUCGGACAAGGUAGCCCCUGAGGGUCACCAUGUUCAAGACAAGCACGAGCCGAAGUAUUUCGAGUCCGCCGAGACUUGGAUAACGCACGGGUGCUUGGUUUAUGCCAACUGUGAAUUCAUCCAUGCCGUACGAAAAGUGGCUGUUGGAUCUACCGUACAGUCAGUCAUUGAGCAAAGAAACUUAGAUGUCACGGAAAGCGACCUCGUGAAAUAUAUGACCAUAUUUUGCUCGAGGGCCAUCACAGCAGCUACUAUUCAGUGUGGCGAUGAGACCGACGAUGCCACCGACGAUGCAAAAGAUCAAGAUGUGAAUGGACAGAACAUGGAGGUCGGCGACUCUGUUGAGAAAUAUUCGGGGUUUGAUGACAUUGCCGAAGAGCUCCAACGUAAGGCAAGACUCAUACGGCUUGAAGCUAAGGAAGCUGAAAAGAUGGAGUGUGAAGACCAUGAUACGGCUGGCUGCGAAGUUCAUGUACUGAACUUCCUCUGA